AAUGGUCCGGAUUUUAUCUUCUGCGGUCGAUAAAUAUCAGUCCUUACUACUCGAUAAUACUCGUUUUUUGCACACGCACUCCUUCGAUCCUCGGGGACCCUCUGGCCUAGCUCAGCGCUGGUUAUAGUCUCUCGUGAUCUACGCCCCUAUAUCACUUGUUCAAACAAAGUGAUGGGGGUGGGGGGUGUUUCGAGUUCUCAACUUAUGACAAGCCGCAAAAACAGGCUUUAUCAUAACAUAUGGUCGACCACGCCCUGACUCUAGCCCCCGCCUUUCGACGGUGGUGCCUCAAGAUAACAUCAGUCGCGAGAAGACAGGAGACAAUAAUGUAAAGGUUCAGAGUGGGCAUGGCAGUGAAGUAUUUUGAUAAUGAACUUACUCAGUCAAAGUCAGUAAGACAAGAGAAGCCUGAGAAAGAAUUGAUAGACAGCAACAUACCUGUUCAUUCGGAAAACGAAUUAAGAGAAGUAUCGCUACAUUUAGAGAAAAUUAUUUCCGAGCAGUCUUCUACAAUACCUGCAAUACAUCAAAUUAGCACUGAACUUAAGGAUACAUAUUUAAGUCCCAAAGAAAGGGUUCUACAGGAACUGAUUUCACAGGAAAGGAUUUUCAAGGAACGGGAUAUCUUUGAAACAAUUACCAAGGAAACAUUUCUCAAGCAUAUUGUAUUUGCAACAGAUUGGUUGUUCUAUAUCUGUUCGUUGGUCAUAUUUGCAGUCAAUCGACUAGUCAUGUCUGCACUUGAGAAUCAGUAUUUCAGACGAUUAUUAUCUGGAGAACCAAUGAGCACAGGAGAAGAGAUGAAGUUUGAACUUCUUCGUCUGAAAACAUUUGCAGGAUGGAUGUUACUUGACCGUGCUAGUCCAAUCAGAUUGGCCAAAGCAGGAUUUAUUUACACAGGAAAUGAAGAUGUUGUUAAAUGUUUUUCUUGUGAUGUCGUGAAGGGAGGAUGGAGCCGGAAUAUGAACCCAAUGUUGGUUCACAGAGAACUGAACCCAUCAUGUUCCUUCUUUCAAGAAGCAGAUGAUGUGAAUAUCCCAGUCUUCGUUCCACAACCAUCCGAGUACCAGGAAAUACAAAACUCCUUGCACAGACAAUACUGUGGCACCGACUCCCCGGCAAUCACCAGCAGCAGCUUCUCAAACCGACCAGAAGACAAUCCUGAUUAUUCCAGUGCCACCUUCAGGCAGAAUCAGGCAACAUCAACUCAGACAAACUUCCCCGUUGUGGCUACAGACUCAGGAGCAGCAGAAACAAGUCGCCAGGCGAUUGGCACGGCCAGAGGACUCGGACUUGGACAUGAUUCAGAAGCUACCCCAACCAGGGAGGAAUUUGCACCUAUGAAGAAGGAGGCCAACCGAUUCUCCAGCUUUGAUGCCAACUGGCCAAGACAGAACACUCCAGACCCCAGAGAUCUGGCCCGAGCUGGAUUCUACUUUACUGGGACUGUUGAUCGCGUUCAAUGCGUGUUCUGUAGAGGAAUACUUCGCAACUGGGACGAAGACGAUGUCCCUAUGGAAGAACAUAGGCGCCACUUUCCUAUGUGUCCUUAUGUCAUGGGAUUGGAUGUCGGAAAUGUUCCGGACCCAGUGGCUAUCAUAUCUGCAAACAGAACAUCUGAGUUCAUGAACGUCACCCAGCCAGCUGCUGUGGUCAGCGAUGCCAGCCUGGGGAUUGUUACUGACCGGCCCAGACACCCACAGUAUGCAGUGGAAGCUUCCCGAGUCAGCUCCUUCAGAAACUGGCCCAGUGGAAAGGAACAGACACCCCAGAUGCUGGCUAAGGCUGGCUUCUUUUAUGCUGGUUUUGGAGAUAGUGUGAAAUGUUUCUACUGUGAUGGUGGUUUGCGCACAUGGGAACGUGGUGAUGAUCCUUGGUCUGAACAUGCGAGAUGGUUUCCCCGUUGCCCAUAUGUUCGUCAAGUCAAGGGAGACAACUUCAUCCAGACUGCCCUUGGUGGACGAGAGCCUGCAACGUCUACAUCUGGCAACAGCACGUCGUCGACAUCGCAACAAUUACCUAAUAGUGCAACCAACAAGAAAGCUGUGCGGACCGUAGACCCGCGAGAGUUGUCUGCCCGGAUGGACAGCCCCAUGGUACAGACAGUGCUGAAGAUGGACAUCCCCCGAGACCGGGUGGCAAGAGCCAUACAGAACCGACUACAGGAGACAGGUGAUGACUUUGCCUCAAUUGAAGCACUGAUGGAUGCCAUCUUCCAUCUUCCUGAUGGGGAGCAAUCUGCUCCUGAAACACCCAAAGUAGUUGUCGGGGCUUCCAGCCAGAAUGUCCCUGCUGCCUCUGGAGAUGACAAAGGGGAAAAGUGUGAUGACUCAAGUGAGAGAACAAUGGACGAUGAUGACUCCAGUGAUGAGGAUUCCCAGUCUUUGAUGGAAGAAAAUAGACAGCUGAAGGAACAGAGGCAGUGCAAGAUCUGCAUGGAUGAGGAAGUGAAUGUUGUAUUUCUACCAUGUGGCCAUCUUGUUUGCUGUGCGACCUGUGCACCUGCCCUACGGAAGUGCCCCAUUUGCAGAGCCAACAUUCGUGGCACCGUUCGGACAUUUAUGUCAUAAUUGUACACGGGAAAGGGUACCCACUGUUGCUUUUGCUGAGCCUUAGACAAUCUAUUCCUGGGCAUUCUUAUAUUUCUGUUUAACACUUUAGAUUGUAUCAUUAUAGUUGUGAUGUGUCUAUUGUGCAAUCAAAGGUUCUGAGUUACGUAUUUAUACCUAUAUAAUUCAUGGUAAUGAACAAAUUGUACCUUACUGUGCCUGCUUUCAGCAAAAUUAUACCUCCAUGCAAAACACAUUUUUGUUAAAUUAAACAAUCCAGCAAGGAGGUGGAAGACGGAUUGUCUGUUUGACACUUUUGGUGCCAUCAUGCUGGUCAAUGUUACUCAGUCAUACAAGAGCAGGAUGAGGGUCCAGGUCCAGGAGUAUAUCUUCCUAACUUGGAACUGUUACCAGGUACAAGAGGCCGGAGCGGCCAUGUUCCCUCGGCGGCCAUGUUCCCUCAGCGGCCAUGUGGCCAUGUUCCCUCGGUGGCCAUGUUCCCUCGGUGGCCAUGUUCCCUCAGCGGUCAUGUUCCCUCGGUGGCCAUGUUCCCUCGGUGGCCAUGUUCCCUCAGCGGUCAUGUUCCCUCAGUGGCAAUGUUCCCUCAGCGGCCAUGUUCCCCCAACAGCCAUGUUCCCUCAGCUUCUGUUUUCAUAGAAAGCUGUCUGUUUUGAUAUCUUGACCCUUUUGAGUGCAGUAACAUUGUCUUCCACACGUUGGAGUUUUAUGGUUUACAUAUAUUUGGCUUACAAGUUAGCUUGGCUAGGUCAACAUGAAAACAAAUAAAAAUUGAGGAUCUCUCUUGUAUGUGGUAAAAAGUUGACAAGGUUGGCUGAUUGAAUGGCAAAAGUAAUGAUGUUUUUUUUAAUGUUUACUGUUGCAUGUGCUCCCAUAUAUGAAAAAUAAUUUAUUUCAGUAGAUUUUUGUAGUCUGUAUUUAUUCUUACAUGUAUCAACAAUGUACAACAAUCAAAUUUUGUGUCUGACCCUUACAUGUCCACACAGUAUCAAUCUUUGAACACAUUCAAUACCUCUAAUGUUUAUUUACCAUACUACAUAACUAAUUCCUGUGUUACAUGUAAUUUGUCAUGCUUUCUUAGGCUUGACGUUAUCAAACUGUUUAAGCUUCAAGAUUACGUGCACAUGUUCCUAAUGACUUUUACAUCAAUGUGGCAUUAUUUUUUGGCAGCAGAUUUGCCUGUGAUUUAACCUUGAUAAAGUUUGGUACCAUGGCGUAUCCUGGUUUUGUUUGGUGCAACUUGUUUUCAUGUGAACAGGCAUCGGUGCAAGUUGAAUCAAAUUCCUCAAAUCGAGCCCUGGACUCCCAACAAUCAUUUCUAGUCUACACCUUAACAUUGUUCAAUUUUUAUAUGAAAGAUGCUUUUUAGAAACUUUCAGACAAGAUUGAUGUGUUGUGGGAAGGUGGACAGUCUGCCUAUGAUGUUACUGCUGACAGACUUGGGAAAGAUUUUGUUUGAUUAUAUACUUUUUGCAAAUUUGUAGCAGAUGUUUUCUGCAAUUCCCUUUUUUUUGCUUUGAUUCUACUGUCACUUAUACACAUUGUAUCUCAUUUCGAGUUGUGAUCUAUGCAAUAAAAAACUACUACUGUA